AUGGAUGCGGUUAGACGGAUGCAGUUGCUCUUCAGCCAAGAUCCGGAGUUGUUGCAGGUCAACACUCACCUUCGGGUGCUAUCAAUGACCGAGCUCCCCGUCGCUGAUGCGGCCCAAGAACCCCAGCGUUCUGGGCUUUCUGAACGUUCUGAACGUUCUGAGCCUGAUCAGGUUGAAAAGCCUCUCAGUAAAAAACAGCCGGGAUUUUCUUCUCUCCCAAAUCCAGGGCCCGUCAACUCCCUUCCUUCGCCGCACGACGGAGCCUUCUGUCCCCUCCUCGCAAUAUCAAAAUUCCCAUACCGGCACGUCCGAGGUGAUCUAAUGCAACAGGUGGCCAGCCGUUUCUUUGAUAAAGGUCAGUUCUGGGAAAGAACAUGGGAUCUGUACUAUAUUCAUGUCCCACCUCGUCUAGGCCCUCAUCAUCUGUUGCUUGUUCCGGCUGCCCAAGUGCGAGCGUUGCUCAGGGAAAUAAACACCAUCCUGGAAUGUUCCUUGUCCCUCCCCUCAGGCGAAGACCCGGGGUUGCUGCUCAGAUUCGACAGGCAUGGGUUUCCUCAGCCUAGUUUUCUGGGGCGCAGCACCACCCGAGCCAUGAAAGACCAGCUCGAAGAGAAUAUCCCCAUCUCUAGUUUCAAACCUUCCCCAGAAGCUAUGGAUGAACAUUUCAUUGCCUUUGAACAGAUGAUAGAAGCUGCGUGUGUCGCUGGAAGGGGGAAGAAUAAAUCGAAGGCAAGGAAGCGGCGUCUUCGAAUUCAACGCGAGCUCGAACUAGGCGAGUGCGUAAACCGAGCCCGAGCCUACCUGGGCCUGCGUGCAUAUGCUCCACUGGAGGAAUUGACUGAUUGUGAAUGGGAUGAGCAGCCUGAUGCUACGUCUUUAUGUCUGGCUGAGGAUAAACCCGUUCCACAUCCUUUCUGGACCGGACCCGUGUUUGUUAGUAUUGAUGUGGAGGCCAAUGAAGCCUGUCAUUCACAGGUGACGGAAGUGGGCAUCUCCUCUCUCGACACACUCGAUCUCCUGGGUGUCGCGCCCGGACGGCAGGGCAAAGAAUGGCAAUCUUGUAUCAAAUCCCAGCACUUCCGCGUGAAGGAAUACGCACACAUUGUCAACAAAAAAUAUGUCACUGGCUGCCCGGACAAAUUCCUGUUUGGAGAAAGUGAGUGGGUGCAAGCCAGUGAGCUUGAGGAUAUAGUCACGACAUGCCUUACUCGUCUUUCGUUCUGCGAUGACCCCGAGAAGGAUCAUCUUCGCCCUAUAGUGCUGGUCGGACACAGUCUCGCCGCCGAUAUCCAAUUUCUUCAGCUCCAUCAUAUAGAUGUGAGCAGUAAAAACGCUAACAUUGUGGACUUUAUCGACACGGCAGAGCUCUUUAGAGCCAUGCAUGGAGAGGCACAACCGCGAUCUUUAGGCGGCGUUCUAGAUCAGUUGGGGAUGAUUGGAUGGCAUUUGCAUAAUGCGGGAAAUGAUGCUUGCUAUACUCUGCAGACGAUGGUGGCCGUGCUGGUGAAGGAUGCUCUAGCGAACUAG